CGUGGUGUGCGUUUGCGCGCGAGCCACUGAGCAAAGGUGUGCCGCCCUGAAACGUGACUGACGUCACCGCCUACCUGAGUUUCGGGAAGCGUCGAGAGGAGGAAAAACAGAGCUCGUGCAAAACAUUCUCUCUCACACACACACACACACUUUUCUCUCACUCUCUGAGGGAGUGUGUGUGUGUUUGGUCGGUGUGUGUGUUUGUUUGGUCGGUGUGUGGAAGUUUAAAGAAACAGCCAAAACUCAAGCAGGAGCUUUGCUUGGCAACUUCCGGCCCGCGCGCGCUGCAGACAGAGAUGUCGGUGCACCCCCGGCGUGUGCGGCUGAAGCCCUGGCUGGUGGCUCAGGUGGAUAACGGGGUGUUUCCAGGGUUGGUGUGGUUGGACCGUGAGGCCAAACGCUUUCAGAUUCCAUGGAAACAUGCCACCCGGCACACCGCCCAGCAGGAGGAGGAGAACACCAUCUUUAAGGCGUGGGCUGUGGAGACGGGAAAGUUUCAGGAGGGCGUGGACGAGCCGGACCCGGCGAAGUGGAAGGCUCAGCUCCGCUGUGCUCUAAACAAGAGCCGGGAGUUUAACCUGAUCUACGACGGAACCAAAGAAGUUCCCAUCAACCCCCUGAAGAUCUACGACGUGUGUGACAUCCCCCAGCCUCUCAGCAACCCUGGUUCUACAGGUUCUGUUCCUACGUAUGAUUCUGACGGUGAGGAUGAUGAUGUUGCAGAUACACCAGAACCCCCACCACCUCCGUACCACCCUCCAGUUAGCAGUUCCCCCCUGGCACCUCCUGUUUGGACCCCACCAGGAUCUGUGUCCCCCCUACAACCCCCCAGCUGCCCCCCUGUCCCUUCGGAGGUGUGGCCUAAGAAAGAGCCAAUGGACGUGGAGAUGGAGAUCCAGCACGCCAACAUGGAGCAACCACCCAUAACCACUAUACCAGAUACACUGUUCACCACCCCGGAGACCUGGAUCAGCUCCCUGCCCAUGACUGAUCUGGAGGUGCAGUUUUAUUACCGUGGUAAGGAGGUGUGUCCAGCAGUGACGGUCAGUAACCCUCAGGGCUGCCGGCUGUUCUAUGGUGAUCUGGGUCCGAUGGUGAAUCAGGAGGAGCUGUUCGGUCCGAUCUCUCUGGAGCAGCUCCGCUUCCCCCCCAUCGAGCACAUCAACAACGACAAGCAGCGGCUCUUCACCAACCGCCUGCUGGACGUGAUGGACCGCGGACUCAUCCUGGAGGUCAGCGGACACGACAUCUACGCGGUGCGGCUGUGCCAGUGUAAAGUGUACUGGUCCGGACCCUGUGCUCCAAACCCCAACGCUCCCAACCUCAUCGAACGCCAACGCAAGGUCAAACUCUUCUGCCUGGAGUCCUUCCUCAGCAGUGUAAUUGCUCAUCAGCGUGGUCAGUCUCCUACUUUGCCUCAGUUUGAUAUCCACAUGUGUUUUGGAGAGGAGUGGCCAGACGGCCGGCCGAGGGAGAGGAAGCUGAUCAUGGUUCAGGUGGUGCCGGUGGUGGCUCGCAUUAUCUGCGAGAUGUUCUCUGGAGACGGGACUCGCUCGUUCGACAGCGGUAGCGUCCGGCUGCAGAUCUCCGUCCCCGACAUCAAGGACAACAUCGUCACUCAGCUGAAGCAGCUCUACCGCCUCCUACAGACGCACCAGGGCCACGACACCUGGCCCCUCCCCCCGGGGGCCAACGUCCACCUGCCUGCCACGCUGCACGCGCAGUAACACACUCUAACACACAGGGGGCGCUCUGUUACUGCAGCUGCCGGGAGGUGUAGGCGUGAAAGUACUUACGUUGGUGGAACGUCUGCACCCUGUACAUGCAUAUAUAUAUAAAAUUAGAUAUUUCGUGCACAUUUAAAAUACUUAAUAUAAAAGAUCAUAGCAAACACUUACAGAUACCUGGUGAACCUGGUGAACCUGGUGGUUUCCAUGGACGGUUAUUAAAAACCUCUUAUUUAAUAUAAAAACCUAAUUCUUUGAAGUAAGAUAUAAUUAUGUAUGGAUGGGUGUAGAGGUUCUGCAGACAUUAAGAUGAAUCCAUCCAGAUUAGAACCGUUUAGAACUUGAUAUUAUUUCUGUUAUUAUUCUUAUUAUUAAUAGAAUGAAUGAUAUCUUUAAACAGGAUGAAUCUUUAAAUAGAAUAUAUAGGGUAUAUACACACACACACAUACACACAUACACACAUAUAUACACACGCCAGCAGGCCGGUGGGUCAAAGUCUGUCCUGCACUCAUUUUUAUUCUGUUAAUCAUUGAUGAUGAACAGUUUGGGUUCUCUAGUUUAGAGUCUCUUAAAGCCACAGAAGAAGGGAACUAAGGGUUAUUCCGUAAAAAAAAAAUAUAUAUAUAUAUAUUAAUAUAUUCAUAACCUCAUAAACUUUCUCUGUUCUUAAUGAUCCUCAUUAAAUAACAUCAUAUCAUCAUCAUUCAGGCUGCACAAUAAUUGCACGUAAUAAAUAAAUGUAUUGUUAUUUUAUAGCUUAUAUUACAAUACAUACUGUAUGAUUUAAAUAAUAUAUAAUUUUACAAUAUAUCUGACUGUAUUUAACAGUCUUAUUAAUAUGAAUUAAUAAGUCUAGGCUGACCCCUGGUGGAUAAUGGCUAAAUCUAACCCCCUGUAUGAUGUUAUGGUGCAGUUCUGGUGGUGUUGCUUCUGUCUAUUAUAGUAUUUGAUGUAUCGUUACUGUAGCUUUAAUAACAGCUCUAUUUUUCUUUAUGCUCUACUAUUUUAAAAUCCUGUUCUAAAUAAGAGUACACUGAUGAAUUCUCCUGUAGCUGUACGUCUCUGUGAACGUGUCUGGAGUUGUGUAGAUGUUUAGGUUGUGUGGAUUGUGUUCUGGAUGUUUCUGUAUUUUGGGAUUUGCCUCACUUGCGGGAACUGUAAACUAUAAUUCUGUAUUUCUGCGAUUCUGUGAGUUCAUCUAAUGAUUUCAUAGCUUCUAUUUGAGUCUCUCUGCUUUUAUAAAAUAAAAAAUAAGCAAAGCUUC